ACCUGGUCACGUGCCAGGGCUCCGAUCACGCUUGCGCCAGAGAAACAAGAUGGCGGAGAGUGCGGAAUUGAAGCAAAUGGUGAUGAGCCUCCGUGUCUCAGAGCUUCAGGUUCUUCUGGGAUAUGCAGGCCGCAACAAACAUGGAAGGAAGCAUGAACUCUUGACCAAAGCGCUACAUUUGUUGAAAACGGGCUGCAGUCCUGCCGUGCAGAUGAAGAUCAAGGAGCUCUACCGCCGACGCUUCCCCACAAAAAUGGUGUCCCCGACAGACCUCUCUCUCCCCGGCAUACACUCCAGCUCUGGAGGGGCUUCCGCAGGCCUGCCAGCAAGCCUCACACAGCUGGGAUAUGAUGGCCACGGCUCACCGUCUCUACUACCUGUCGCACUGCUUGGGCCAAAACAUGAGCUGGGCCUGCCCCACCUGCCCUCCGCCCUUCACCCAGUCCAUCCAGACGUCAAGCUCCAGAGGCUGCCCUUCUACGAUGUGCUUGAUGAGCUCAUCAAACCCACCAGUUUAGCCUCAGACAACAGUCAGAGGUUUCAGGAAACGUGUUUUGCGUUUGCACUUACGCCUCAGCAGGUCCAACAGAUCAGCAGUUCAAUGGACAUCUCUGGGACCAAAUGUGACUUCACCGUGCAAGUACAGCUAAGGUUUUGCUUAUCGGAGACGAGUUGUCCUCAGGAAGAUCAUUUCCCACCCAACCUUUGUGUAAAAGUGAAUGGAAAACCCUGUAACCUCCCUGGAUAUCUUCCUCCAACCAAAAAUGGAGUGGAGCCAAAGCGACCGAGCAGACCCAUCAACAUUACCUCCUUGGUUAGGUUGUCUACAACAGUUCCCAACACCAUUGUUGUGUCGUGGACAUCAGAAAUCGGAAGGAGUUACUCGAUGGCGGUAUACCUGGUCCGACAGCAGUCAUCCUCAGUUUUGCUACAGAGACUACGGUCAAAAGGCAUUAGAAACCCAGACCAUUCAAGAGCACUCAUCAAAGAAAAGCUCACUGCUGACCCUGACAGUGAGAUCGCCACCACCAGCCUGCGAGUCUCCUUGCUCUGUCCGCUGGGAAAGAUGCGGUUGAUGAUUCCGUGUCGAGCGUUGACCUGCUCACACCUGCAGUGCUUUGAUGCUACACUCUACAUUCAAAUGAAUGAGAAGAAACCCACCUGGGUGUGUCCGGUCUGCGACAAGAAAGCCCCUUAUGAACACCUUAUUAUUGAUGGAUUGUUUAUGGAGAUCCUGAGCAGUUGUGUGGACUGUGAUGAGAUCCAGUUUAAAGAAGAUGGCAACUGGUCUCCUAUGAGAUCCAAGAAAAUAGUACAGGAAGUGUCAGCCUCAUCAAACGGCGUUGAAGACUCGUGUCGGUCAGUUUUGUCAGACCACAGAAACAGUUCGUCCCACAGCAGUAGCAGUAAGAAAGUGGAGGUGAUUGACUUGACGUUGGACAGUUCAUCAGAUGAAGAUGAUAGUGAUGAACCUGCACCUAAAAGAGCCUGUCCAUCUCUGUCACCAACCUCCCCGCCAAUUAACAAGGGAGUGUUAAAUCUCCAUCAUCAGGCUUCUCCACUGGCUAGAGCUCCCAGCAUGCCAGCAAUGGAGACAAACUACAUCCCUCCACCUCCUCCUCUCAUCCAGGACUACCGUCACUAUUACCACACACCCAAUGACCUCUCAGAUCUGAACUUCUUCUCAUUUUUACAAGGGGACAAUCACCAGCAUUACAACAUGGUCAUGGCAGCUGCAGCCGCCGCAUCGGCCUCUGCAUCAGCAUCCGAAGACCACGAGCUGCUCCUGAACCGCUUCAUGCCCUACGGUUCCUCUCAGCUCUUUCUGGAGCAGUCAGGGACGCCGGCGAGCAGCUCGCUAGUGCCUGCUAACGGCAGCGGAGGCAGCAGUAGCGGAAGCAGCAGCAGCCUGGUGUCCUCCAGCAGCCUGAGAGACAGUCACCCACACACCAACACGUCCCGCUCGCGAUCCGACGCCGCCGCAUCGGUAAUAUACGGCUCCAUCCCUGACGUCAUUUCACUGGACUGACUGCUCCUGGCUGGCUCGCCAAAAAAGACAGGCUUUUACCACAGACAGCAGGAGGAGGGAAAAGGAGCUUCGUGCACUCAUGAUUAAAAUGGGAUCGAAGGAUUGGAGGAAGAGAGGAAAAUAAAGGAGAACAAAGACUUUUGUAAAGAGAAGAAUAAAAUUGCUGUGUACAGAGAAGAAAAAUCUAUUUUCAGUUUUACUUUUGUAUAUAAACAAUAGGACGCUGCCU